CUGGGCAUGAGAGAGAGAGGGAGGCAGAGGGAGAGAGAGACUUAAAAGAAAUAGGAGGGGCUUAUGAGAGACUAGAAAUGUCAAUCAGAGCCCAGAGUCCCAAUAAUCUCAGGCAAUCUGUUAGGACCUGACCUGGGUCCACUCAGAUCAAUAGGAAAAGUGAGAGAAGAAAGAAGCGAUCGGAUCGUUUACCGCGGCGGCCGAGGACAGGCGGGAGCCCGCGGCCUCCGCGCACCCCCGGCUCCCCCCCAUGUCUGCCGGAGUUUGCGGGAGGCGCUGAAAGUGCGGGCGGCCGGCGAGGGCGAGCGACCCGGCUCCCUCCUCCGCUCUCGGCCCUGCUACUUUCUCCCCUUUCUCUCCCUUCUUCCUCUCGUCUCCCCCCCCUCCUCUUCCUCCUCCCCCCUCCCCUACCCCGCUCCCCCACCAUGUCUUUCCCCCAGCUGGGCUACCAGUACAUCAGGCCGCUUUACCCGGCGGAGCGCCCGGGGAGCGGCGGCUCCCGCGCCGGCGCCGAGCUGGCCCCGUCCGGGACCCUCUCCAACGUGCUCUCCUCCAUGUACGGCGCGCCCUACGCCGCCGCCGCCGCCGCCCAGGGCUACGGAGCCUUCCUGCCCUACGCCGCAGAGCUGCCCAUCUUCCCCCAGCUGGGCGCCCAGUACGAGCUGAAGGAGAGCCCGGGGGUGCAGCACGCCGCCUUCCCCCCCCACCACCCUGCCUUCUACCCCUACGGGCAGUACCAGUUCGGGGACCCGUCGCGGCCCAAGAACGCCACACGGGAAAGCACCAGCACGCUCAAGGCCUGGCUCAACGAGCACCGGAAAAAUCCCUACCCCACCAAGGGCGAGAAGAUCAUGCUGGCCAUCAUCACCAAAAUGACCCUCACCCAGGUCUCCACCUGGUUCGCCAACGCGCGGCGGCGGCUCAAGAAGGAGAACAAAAUGACCUGGGCCCCCCGCAGCAGGACGGACGAGGAGGGCAACUCCUACGGGAGCGAUCACGAGGGGGAAGAGGACAAGAGGGAGGACGAGGAGGAGAUCGACCUCGAGAACAUCGACACCGAGAACAUAGAAAGCAACAAAGACGAGCUCGAGGACGAUCUACAGGAUGCCGACCUCCUGCACUCUGACUCCAAGACGGACUCGGAGGGAUCCGAAGGCUUUGAGGACCUGCCCGGCUCCGAGGAGCACUACGACAAGGCCUCCGAGGGGGAGCCGCACCACCUCCGCCACCACCACCUGCACCACCACCACCAUCACCACCACCACAAGUGCGAGCUGCCCGCCACGGCCGCACCCGUCGGCCCGGAGCCCCUCAAGCCGCCGCUCCCGCCGCCGCCCCACCUCUCGCCCCCCUCCUCUGCCUCUUCCUCCGCCGCGUCCUCCCCGACGGACGGCGCUUUGGCCGGCGCCUUGCCGAAACCUAAGAUCUGGUCGCUGGCCGAGACGGCCACCAGCCCGGACAACCCCCGCAAGUCUCCUGGCGGCGGCUCUCCGCCGGCGGCCGCCCCCCAGCCGCUGCCGCUGCCCACCCCGCCGCCCCACAGACUCGUCUCCUCCUGCCCCCUGGGCAAGUUCCCCAACUGGACCAACCGCGCAUUCCCGGCCCACCACCACCACCACCCCCCGCACCCGCUGGCCUUACUGAACACUCCCCACCUGCUGGGGCUGGGGGCCGCCUCCGCCGCCCCCCCCGCCGCCGCCUUCCCGCGGCCCGCGGACCAGGCGCAGAGCGCGGAGCCCGUCGGAGCAGAUCGAUCUAGUGCCUUGGAAGUAGAGAAAAAGUUACUAAAGACAGCUUUCCAGCCAGUGCAGAGGCGGCCCCAGAACCAACUUGACGCCGCUAUGGUUCUUUCGGCGCUCUCAUCAUCAUAGUUAAUUUUUUAUUGUUGUUGUAAUGAUUGUAAAAAAUCUCUGUAUAGUUACAACUUGUAAGCAUGUCCGUAUAUUAAAACUCAAAAGGAAAAAAAAUACCCGCUUCUGUACUAUCACCUGGGUUAGCUGAGCUGUGAGAUUUUUUCGGAAGUCCAGUGAGAAUUAGGUGUUCCCCUUUUUUUUUUGGUUGUUGUUGUUGUUUUUUGUUUUUGUACAUACCGUAAAAAUGUACAUAUGUGUGAACCAAAUUGUACAAGAAAGUAUAUAUUUUUGGCUAAUAAAUAAACUGUUGCCACUUUGACUACA